AUUGUUGGUUUGCGGGAAGCUUCUGUGAGGUGUCGGCCGGCGCCAUUUUGUGAAGAGGAGCUGCGCCAGUGCGUGUGUGUGAGAGAGAGAGAGGUGUCUUCCUUCAGUCAGUAACAUCUCCCUCAGCACGUUCACCUCGCCUUUCAGAGGCCCUGUUUGGGCUCCAAAUAUGCCUCACUUGAAGCGAGCACGGAGCCCUGAUUGGAGCAGCGGAGAGAGCUGGGACUACAGAGACUGUUAUAGUAGUCAUAAAUACAGAAGAGUGUCUCACAGCAGUGAAAGAGAAAACAAACGGCACAAGAAUCAUCACCACUUAAAACCUUCAGAUGGCCAUUACUUGGAAACAAAAUCUUUAAAUGAGCACAUGGAAUACCAUGAUGGAAAGCAUGAAUACAGAGAUGGGUACAAAAUGGAAUAUAGGAAUGGCUGUCGCAACAGAGAAUGCCGACAUGAUCGCUACCACUAUAGCCAUCACAAUUACAGCAAGUCAGGGAAACCUGAUAGUGGAAGGAGUCAGCAAAGUAGCCGGGAAAGGCAUAGACCUAAAAAACAUCUCUCUGGUACAAGUAACGAUUCACACUCGAAGAGUCAUCGGCAGAGAAGAACCAAGAAUGUUGAGGAUGAUGAGGAGGGUCACCUGGUAUAUCACACUGGAGACAGACUGAAAGCGAGAUAUGAAAUCGUUUGUACUUUAGGAGAAGGAGCUUUUGGAAAGGUAGUGGAGUGCAUUGAUCUUAAAAGGGGAGGUGAGCGUUUGGCGUUGAAGAUCAUAAAGAAUGUUGAUAGGUAUCGUGACGCCGCCUAUUCAGAAAUACACGCACUUGAAGAAAUAAGUAAAAAGUACGGUAAUGUAUAUGGAUGUGUACAAAUGUUGGACUGGUUUGAUCACCAUGGACAUAUUUGCAUUGCUUUUGAGCUCCUUGGACUCAGUACCUAUGAUUUCUUAAAGGAAAAUAAUUUCAUGCCGUUUCCAAUGCAUCAGAUCAAACAUAUGGCCUAUCAGCUUUGUCGUGCUUUAAACUCUUUGCAUUGUAACAAGCUUACUCAUACGGACCUCAAGCCUGAAAAUAUUCUGUUUAUGAAUUCUGACCAUGACAUAGAGUACAACAGUAAAACGAAACGCGAUGAAAGAACGGUAAAGAAUCCAGACAUCAAAGUUGUGGACUUUGGCAGUGCCACAUUUGAUGAUGAGCACCAUAGUACUGUAGUGUCUACCAGACAUUACAGAGCUCCUGAAGUUAUUCUAGAAUUGGGCUGGUCAAAUCCAUGUGAUGUGUGGAGUGUAGGCUGUAUACUACUUGAAUAUUAUCUUGGUCUGACACUGUUUCAGACACAUGAUAGUCGGGAGCAUCUUGCUAUGAUGGAAAGAGUACUAGGACCCAUUCCAAGCAGCAUGAUUAGCAGAACACGGAAGCGGAAAUAUUUUCACCAUGAGCGGUUGGAUUGGGAUGAAAACAGUUCUGCUGGGAGAUACGUCAGGAGACGCUGCAAACCUUUGAAGGAAUACAUGGUUUGCCAAGACUCCGAUCAUCGGGAACUCUUUGACCUUAUUGGAAAGAUGUUGGAGUACGAACCUUCCAGGAGAAUAUCUCUAGACCAGGCAUUGCACCAUCCAUUCUUUUCCACAAAGAAGAAAGGGAGAUCAUGGAUUACGAAAUGAACUUUGCUUCUAUGUGACUUGUAUAUUACUUUGGUUUCCAUAGGAGAAUAACUAGACUGUGUCAGUCUAUAUCAAAAUUAUUUUAAAUCUCUGAGUGAAACAGAUUUAAGUAUUGCAAGUGUAUAUGUAACUUUUGUGUAUAUUGUGUGGUACAAGUUUACUAAAGAUGCCAUUUUUCUUUUGUGUCCUUGUGUCAGCAUUUUUCAGAUUUUCUUAAUUGUCAUUGCUUUACAUACUGCUGUUCUUUCAACAUUUGACUGGGAAAAAAUGUUUUCCAAUAAACUGAGGAAAUUUGUAUUACA